GGACAGCAUGCUUAAAUAUGAAGGUGAAAAAUAAAAAAAUGCGCAGUUUCUAACUUCUGAUUAUCGCAUAAAUAACUCGAUAAUAAUGUUAUUGAUAAUCAGUAUAUAAGAUAAAUCGUAAAACAAUAAGAAACCAGAUUAUAUAAAAAAUUAUCAACUUAUCAAUGUAAAUUUAGUUCAAUGGAUUUUGUUAUAAGGAAAAAGAAGUAAAAUCUGCAGAAUUUAAAAAUCGAAUGUUCAAAACUAUUAUUUGAAAUGACAUUUAGUAAUUCAGUUUGAAGAAUAGUAAUUCUAUGUCAAGACAUCGUUUUAUAUUUUUCAUCUCGUGAUCAGAAUCAACAGUUGAAUAUUCCGACAAAGAAGUGAUUAUUCUCGAGUAUUAUUACGACGAAGAUAUGUACAGUUCAUAUAUACAUAUAGUUCAUAAUAUGUACAGUUCAUAUAUACAUAGAAAAAGAGGAAAAGAGAGAGAGUAAGAGUUGAGUGUAACUCGAAAAUCGCAUGCGUAAGACCUGAUGAUAUAUAGAAUACCGAAGGAAGGCAGUCGCGCUUAAACGGCGCCUGGUGUCGGACGUUUUAAUGCGAUAUUGAAAGAUACUAAUCUCAUUUUUAAAAUUUUUAAAUUAUUAAUUUUUUAAUGGAUGGCUUUUGAAAAUUUACGAAACAAAAUAAAAUCUAGUGUAAAAAUAAAAUUCAACUUAAUCAAAUUUUAAAAUUUGUUUAUUGAAGAUUCUUGGAAAUUGGAAAUUGAGGAUUGUCGUUUUCUUUAAAUGGAAACAUCUGCUACUUUUAUGAUUUAUGAUAAAAACAAAACUGGAAAAUUAAAAGAAAAAUCGAAAUAUAUUUCUUCAGCACAUUAUCAAGUGGAGAGAUAUUUUUAAUGAUUUAUUUUAAUCAUUGAACAAAUGCCAGAUAUAUCUUUUGAUAACUUCCGUGUACCCUGCUGAACAACUUCCGGACAAUCAGAAACGAUCAUUAGUAUAGUACACAGUUGAAAGAAAUAAACUAGGACAAAUAUAAUGGAUGCAUAUGAGGAUAUUGACUUCAACAAUCCUAAUAGUCUUAAUAUCCAAAAUCGAACUUUGGAAAUAAAAGCAAAUCAAUGUCGUCAAGGAAAUAUUUCAUCAUCUGGAUGGUGUCCGGAAAUUUGGGACAAGAUAUUAUGUUGGCCAUCAACGGCACCUGGAGAGUUGGCCAUUUUAUCUUGUCCUUCUUACAUCGCAGGAUUUAAUACACACGCAAAUGCCUCCAGACAAUGUAUGAUGAACGGACAAUGGUUAUGGAAUAGCAAUAUCAACAAUACUUGGAGUAAUUACAGCCAAUGCUAUAGAAACACAUUUGUAACUAUUCUGGUGGACUUGCCUGAAAAUGAACAGAGAAACAAUGAUAUUCUCAUUAAGAAAUUUUUUCCAAUAGUGAAGAUUAUCUCAAAAAUUGGAUAUACCGUUUCCUUCUUCACUUUAGUGAUUGCUUUCUUUAUUUUAGCUAUGAUUAAGUAGGGUUUCUUUGUGGCUGUUUUAUAUUGUUUUCUCAACGGCGAAGUACGGACCGAAGUAACUAGGGUAAUCAAAAAUCAAAAAAUACCCCAUUUUCAUACUAAGUGGGUCUCCAGACAUUCCACUCACUCAGAUAGUAUGUGUAGUUGCAAUGCAUCGAAACUUGAUAAACACUCGGAGCGAUCACGUUGGUGGAAGGCACCUUGGCUCUAUUUUCUUAAUGAUAGGACAGCACGACAUUCUACCCACUCGAUGGCGAGUAUACAAGAUAUUGGUACGAGGGGAGGUAGUUUAGCAAGUAGCAGAGGUUACCUGGAAAUUGCAGGAAACGGACAGAGUGCGUAUCCAGAGAAUCAGAAACAAACAAAUGAUACGUCACUCUCCUAUGGUAAAUACACCGAUCAAUCGUUACUUCCUUUUUGCUCGAAUGAUUCAGAAGUUACACCCUGUACGGGACUAAAUAUUCAUAGAAUUCGAGAACAGCAUCGUUGGAGUGAUUCAGAAUGCUGUCAUCUCGCUUAUGAAUUACACAGUCUACAUAAUAGACCCACAUAAAACUUCUUUCAUAAUUUAAUUUAAAUGAUUAUCAAAAGUAAAAAAGUAAAUGAUUAUAAAAUGAAUUUAUCAAAAGAAUUUUGUUUGCGAAUAAUUAACGAAGUUAACACAAUUCUUUCGAUAAAAAAAAGUGUGUGCAAUUAAAUUAAUAAAUUAUUGUAAAAUGAA